UUGCGCUUAACAAUUUUUCUAAACAGAAAUGCAACGAUUGCAGUUGACUCUUUUUCUGAGUCGUAUUUUGUUGCUCAGAUCUAUUUUUGCUAUAGACUUUUGUGAUAUUAAGUCCUGCCAUGGCAAGCGGCACAUUGGGUGCAAUAACAGCAUGAUGUUCGAUGAGAGCUGCCUGCGUUUUCAUGGCCUGGUUAAUAUGGCAUAUUUUCGCGAGUAUCUGCUGGGCCUCCACAACGGAUAUCGCCAGGAGGUGGCCAGCAACUUGUUUCCCGACCUGCCACCUGCCCGGAAAAUGCCCGAAUUGGUGUGGGACAAUUACCUGUCGGUGGUGGCCGAAUACCACCUGAAACGCUGCCAAAUGGAGCUGCCUGCCGACUCCUGCGUGGCCACCGAUGACUUUGCGGAGCCCCAUUUCAACUACGCCCAGGAUUUCUACCCAAGACCAGUGAUGCGGCAAUCGAAUGUUCGCGAAAUGACCAUCCUGGCGGAGCAAUGGCUGGAUGAGCUCUUCGACUUGGAGGAUAUAUCCACAUACAAUGCGGAGGGAGAGAUCAGGAAUAUCAUCAACGAUCGCAGCUCCCAUAUGGGCUGUGCUGCUGGCCAGGACUACGAUCUCUGGAACAUACACUUUGUGCUCGUUUGCUACUAUAGCUCAGGACCACCAGUUAAAGGAAAGCUCUACGAGGAGGGCCAAUUCAAUGCCAGCCUGUGUCCCAAUGGACAUAGUGAUGAGUACCCCGGCCUUUGCAAAACACUGACCCUGAAUGACUAAGUCCCUGAAUCUCCGGCAAAAUAAAUAUUGCAAAGGCUUUGGGUAUAAUUAAAUGUGCGAACCACUUGGCCGUAAAUGGGAGAAAGGCAGUGCUGCACUGUUGGCUUUUUUAUGGGUAGAGAUGCGACGAAAUUUAAAUAGUAUCAAAUUAGGCAUCAAAAAUACACAAAAAAACAAAA